AUGCUCACUUCCGUGGGCCGGGCCGCCGUAUGUCGCGUUCAGACAGCCCGCCUUUCUGCUUCCGCUCCCUCUGCCGCUCAAUUGCUCUGCCGCCAGUCGGCCAUAAAGACUACACUCCCCAUUCGAAGUUUCACCGUCUCAGCAUGGUCCCCCUCUCCUGCCUCCGGCGAUAAGAAGGCCGCCAAGAAGACGACGACCACUACCACGAAGAAGGCUACCCUCACCACCAAAUCCAAGUCUAAGGCGACUGAUAGCAAGGCCAAGUCCCAGACCAAGGCGAAGCCCAAACCUAAGGCUGCUGAGCCAAAGCCUAAGAAGGUCAAGAAGGAGGUUGAUCCGGAGAAGGUCAAGAAGCUCGAAAUCCGGGAGCUUAAGAAAUGGGCGCUCAAAGACAAGCUGGCUCUGCUUCCGGCCAACACUUGGGUACUUUUUGCGUCCGAGAACAAAGGAAACCUCUCAGGAACUGGUGGAAUCACCCAGCAGAUGACUGAGCUGUCCGAGAAGUUCCGUCAACUGACCGAAUCCGAGCAUGAAGACUUCCAUCGCAGAGCCGUUGCCAACCGCCAGAAGAACCUAGCGACUUAUAAAGCUUGGGUUGAGACUCACGAGCCGGCGCGCAUUUACGUGGCUAACAAAGCCCGCCGCCGCCUCUCUUUCCUAACUGGCAAGCCUUACAAGCCAAUCUCAGAUGAGCGUCUGCCCCUGCGCCCUUCAGGCUCUUAUUCCCUUUACCUUGUCGACAACUGGAACAAAAGCCAUGCCGAGACUAGCCAGACCAAGUUCAAAGAAAUCAGCGAGUCCUGGAAGGACGUGAACCCUACUGAGAAGGCCCUAUAUGAGCAGCGCGCCGCUGACGAAUCUGUCAAGUACAAGGCCGAGAUUGAGAAGCUUGAUGCGCGCGCAAAGGUCAUCCAGGAAACUGGACUUGCCUAG